UCAGUGUUCUAUUUGCUUUGGAGCAAACACAUAUACACACAAAUAUACGGCGAAGCGAUAUUUAACGAUGCAAAUGAUAUUCUUGUUGAGGCUGUUCUUCACUUUGGACACUUUGCUCAUCACGACAGUUUCCACGACACGCUGGGAAACGUUCAUACAUGCUGGGGAAGCUAUCGAAGAGGGCCAUUAAACUAAACGAGCUCAAACUAGAGUCUCGUGCGAUGGAAUCAGCAGUUUAGUUUAGCAUCCGAUCCCAGCCGAGCUACACCUUGACCUCCAGCCGGAAUGCGGAAGUGUUUGCGAACUUUUCUCAACCCAAAGGACUUUUAUGCCGCCCAACGGCCCGUGCUGCGUGUUUCAUUUCUGGUCGGCAUGACGCCGUUUACUGUUGUGAAGGGACCGACCGAGUUGAUGAUGCUGCGCUGCACUCCCUUCGGUUACAUCAACUCGAGCGUCCACGUGAUCCUGUUCUGUAGCUGCUACGUGAACGCACUGCUGCAAGGAGACACGAUAACGCGGUUCUUCUUCCGCACCGACAUCAGCACGUUGGGAGAUGUGCUACAGUUCACCAUCGGUAUUACGGCACUCUUCAUGACGUUCUUCUGCAGCAUCUUCCAGCGGAACAAGUUGAUCAAAUGCUUCCACGCACUGGCCAGCAUCGAUCGACGCUUCAAGGAGAUAGGCAUGGAGACGAACUACAAGAGUACGCUGCACUACAACCUGUUGGUAAUGCUAACUAAGGCGAUUAUCAGCACGCUCUAUCUAGUCGUGUGCCUGGCUGUGUUUAUUUCCUCCGAUACCUACCCGAGCGUGACCACCUGGAUGGCGUUCCUGUUGCCCUACUUCAUGAUGUCGAUGGUGAUCGUUUUGUUUCUGUGCUUCGUCAACCAAACCAAGCACCGUUUUCACCUGCUGAACAAGGUACUGAAGCAUCUCAAGCAAGCGGCAUUAGAGAAAAGAAUCUCGCCCCAACGGCGACCCAGCUACUGGCACGCGAUCAAGAUCCAACGGCCCCUGGGCAUCGCAUCCGUUUACUCCAACAACGACAAAUCGAUGCCGGAUGUGGUGUCAACGGUAGCCGAAAUCCAGGAUGCAUUGUGCGAAGCGUGCAGCUACGCCGAGGACUACUUCACGAUCCAAAUGCUGACCAUUGUGACGAUCGUGUUUCUUAUUAUCGUGUUCAACUCUUACUACGUGCUGGACGCACUGCUCGGAUCCACCUCCCUUGACUCACCAUUCUCCAAGGGACAGUUUGCGAUGUUUUUCCUCUGCCAGGCCAUGGUGUAUGGCUUUGGAGUUUUCAACAUUGUCUACGGCAGUAGCUCGCUGGUGCAAGAGAACGACAACAUCGGAUCGAAUGUGCACAAGCUGCUUAAUGCGGCUGCCGGGGCGGACAGUGAGCUGGCGGGGAAAUUGAUGCACCUUUCCCUACAGAUGCUCCAUCGGAAAGUGCGAUUUUCCGCAUGCGGGCUGUUUAGCUUGGAUUUUUCGCUCAUUUUUACGCUGGUGGGUGCAGCAACUACAUAUUUGGUAAUUUUGAUCCAGUACGAGCUGAGCAUGGACGAGAGUAAGCACGAAACCAUUGCAAGAGCUUUCCUUGGCAACGAAACUUGCACACACUACAAAGCGAGAGAUCAAUAAAAGCGAAUUUCUUCAACAUACGCCAUGGAUGCAAGACCCUGUUUGUGCUAAUUUACUGACGGAUUAUUGCGAUGCAAAUGACUGCGUUUAAAAAAGAUUGCAUAUAUUUACAUUUUAAUUCUAAAGCG